AUGGGACUGCUCCUGUUCGUCACGGCGGGCACGCAGGCGUGGCUGGCGUCCAUGAUUCGAAGAAAGGGGAUUGAGAUCCUAGAUGAGAGCUACUACAUGGCCGCGGGAGAUCCGGUGGUCGGGUUCCUAGCUUACGGUGUCGGUGCCUGCUCCGUCAUGGUGACCCUGAUGGCGGAGGCGGGGCAAGGGGUUGAAAUCGCUACCUGGACAAUGAUUGUCUGGGCGGUGAUAACCGUCGUGAUCAGCGUAACAAGGAGCUUCGACCAAAUCGCAGUGUACGGCUGCCUUAACGACUACGACUAUUGCGUGGAGAACUUCAUCGACCUACGCUAUUCCUACGGCGACUGUCUCUGCGGAAAGGGCCACAGUGUUGAUCUUCAUGUGGACGUUGCACAGAACGUGAAUUUUGCCUGCGACGAUAUCAUGGAUACUGUGGACGAUAUGCUCGCUUCGUACAUUCUUACGUGGUUCAUCCUGGUGGAGAUUGUCGUGACGGUUGUGCUCCAAGCGCGUCGCUGGCUGCCCUGCUGGCGUCACCACUGCCCCCAGCGAAUACGGUAACCAAUCGUAGAGAUCGAGGCGAAAACCGUCGCGAAACGUUUGCGACAAACUUCUGGAGGGAUGGUAUUAUUUUUUUUUUUCGGGAAAGGGUUGCAGGGACGUUUGGGGUGCAGUAGACCUUUUUUAAAUCAACCCUUUUUUAAAGGGUUUAUGAUUCCCGUUCGAUAGCCUUGCGGGGAGAGGUAUUGGAUGGGUAGUUCCUCCUUGUAUAUAUACGUCGUGUCUUCCUGCCAAGUUACCGCGCGCACGUCCACCGUUUUUGGAAAAUAUUUUCGAUCAAUGGAAAUUUACAAUUGGAUGGCAACAAGUAGUGUCUUGAGUA